CGCGGGAGCGGAGCCGCGGCGCGCUCGCCCCGGACGCCGGCAGCCCCUCCGCUCGCCCUGCUGAGCGAGCGGCCCGGGGCGCCGAGGGGUCCGCGCCGCGCUGCGCGGGGGCGCUUCGCCCUGGCCGCCAUGUGCUCCCAGCUCUGGUUCCUGACUGACCGGCGCAUCCGCGAGGACUACCCGCAGGUGCAGAUCCUGCGUGCCCUCCGGCAGCGCUGCUCCGAGCAGGACGUGCGCUUCCGGGCGGUGCUUAUGGACCAGAUCGCCGUCACCAUCGUCGGCGGCCACCUCGGCCUCCAGCUAAACCAGAAGGCCCUCACCACCUUCCCAGAUGUGGUACUUGUGCGGGUACCCACACCCUCAGUACAGUCAGACAGUGACAUCACUGUCCUGCGACACCUGGAGAAGCUGGGCUGCCGGUUGGUCAAUCGUCCACAGAGCAUCUUAAAUUGCAUCAACAAAUUCUGGACAUUCCAAGAACUGGCUGGACAUGGAGUCCCCAUGCCAGACACCUUCUCCUAUGGUGGGCAUGAAGACUUCUCAAAAAUGAUUGAUGAAGCUGAGCCCCUGGGCUACCCGGUCGUGGUGAAGAGCACACGAGGCCACCGGGGAAAAGCUGUUUUUCUGGCAAGAGAUAAACAUCACCUCUCUGACAUCUGCCAUCUGAUCCGCCAUGAUGUGCCCUACCUGUUCCAGAAGUACGUGAAGGAGUCCCAUGGAAAGGACAUCCGGGUGGUGGUGGUAGGGGGCCAAGUCAUAGGCUCUAUGCUUCGCUGUUCCACCGAUGGACGGAUGCAGAGCAACUGCUCUCUCGGUGGCGUAGGCGUCAUGUGCCCGCUGACAGAACAAGGCAAGCAGUUGGCCAUUCAGGUGUCCAACAUCCUAGGCAUGGACUUCUGUGGCAUUGAUCUGCUUAUCAUGGACGAUGGCUCCUUUGUGGUGUGUGAGGCAAACGCUAAUGUCGGCUUCCUCGCCUUUGACCAGGCGUGCAACUUAGAUGUGGGUGGGAUCAUUGCAGACUAUACCAUGUCCUUGCUGCCAAAUAGGCAGACUGGGAAGAUGGCUGUCCUCCCAGGACUGUCGAGUCCGAGGGAAAAGACCGAGCCAGAUGGCUGUGCUUCAGCUCAGGGAGUUGCAGAGAGUGUCUAUACCAUCAACAGUGGGUCUACCUCUAGUGAAAGUGAGCCUGAACUGGGAGAGAUCCGGGAUUCCUCAGCAAGCACAAUGGGGGCCCCACCCUCCAUGCUGCCCGAACCUGGCUACAACAUUAACAACAGGAUUGCUUCUGAAUUAAAACUUAAGUGAAUUCCUGCUUUUUGGCAGCAUUUAAACCAAAUCCUACUGCUUCCCUAGUAGUUUUGAGUGAAUAAAAUCUGGACUAAUGUGAUUUCAUUUGCACAGAAACUAGAAAUCCCAUCUGGGCACUCAGCAUUUUUUCUAAUGAUGAUUUAAGCAAAUGGCCUAGCUUUGUGGUUUUUACAAAGACAAAUAUAAAAACAGUCACCAAGAACAACGUCCCAACUGAUCAAUAGGAGACUGAUGUCUGCCGUGAGCACGUGGCUAUUACGGCUGACUUUAAGGCACUGACUGCUGCUGCUGCUUCUGACUCUUAGCAGUAGAAUCCAUUAACUCCAAAUGGCUCUUGGAAAUAUGUACUCAAAAGCAACCACGGGAUGGAAGCAUGUGCAGACAAGGUGGAAUGUGACUGCAGUAAUACAUUCUUCACUAAGUGUGUAUGUGAUGCUUGGAAAAUACACAGUUCAAACACUAUUAGAGAAUCGAUAUCUGCUCCCCAUCAAUCACCAUCUUGACCCUAUUUCUCUGACACUCAGGAUAUGGUGUUUUAGGGAGCUUCCUCAUUAGCAUUUUCAAUGAAGCACUUUGUAGAAAGUGAGAUUGAACAUUCUUUGACUUCACAGGUUGGCAAAUGUCCUGCUUUGUAACUGGGCCUUUCUACAAAUUGCUUUGCCACCCUGAAUUUAUAGACCCUGCUUCAACUAAUGUCAGCUCCAGCAGCUUCUUGCACCUUUGCUGCCUUUGGCCUCAGCUGGAAAUGCACUUCAAUGAGCUAGUGGCCACACACUUUAUUUCUUAAGCGUGCACUAGAAUCUAACACCAUGGACUUUCUUUCUCAAUGGACUCUGUUCACUUGUCAUCCAGAAGCCAGUGGGUUUUAACCAUAGAAAGCAACUUGGAGAUCAUCUUUUUUCCCCUCCUUGCCUGAAACUUUGUGUACUGCUUAGCUGUAGGAGGUUUCCUUGUAUGAGUGGGUGUAUGAGCAGAUAGGAGCCAUUGGAUCACUCCAAUCCCCUUGAAAUUCUACUUUUAUCUAGGAUCCAGACACCUGUCCUUGCCCACUUUUCCAAACUGGGAAGAUUCAGAUAUCAGGAAUUACUCAUUGCACAUUUUGAGGGGGCUAAUGUAGACAUGACACCAAGUGCUUUUCAUUUUAAUUAAGCAGUAGAUGAGAUCUUUCCCGUGGGAGAAAUCACAGAGAUGGAGUUUUCCAUUUCUGCUUAUAUGAAGUAUGACUGAAUGCGAGCAAAGCUACCUUUUUAACCAAAUACACUAGAACAUAUGCACUCAAGAGUUAGCAUAAUUGGAGUUACUUCCAUGAUGUUGCAUGCGCCAAGAACACUUAGGGUUCCUCUUUGGGAUUACCUUUGAAACCAUGCAAGUCAAGAAGCCUCACAACUUUAUAGUCAGACCUUGUGUUUUAUCCAUCCCAACCCUUCCUCCUGCCCACCCAGGUAAUCCUGAGCUUCAUCAUCCAUUUUAUUUAGCAGACUUAUUUUCUAAUGCUCCUUAGCUGUUAAAAAAGAUAAUUCCUCAAGAAAUAGAUCUACCCUUAAAGGACAAAGAUUUACAACACUGAAGACCCUUACAAGUUCACAGUUUCUAAAGAGGGUUCUAGAAAUGUUCUAUGUAAGGUCAGCUUCACUGGAACAAACAUACAUCUUCCCAAGGUAACUACUUCGAAGGCAACACUAUCCAUUAGGGUGCAGAUAUUACUGUACUUAUUCUGCCAUAAAUGUAAAAUGUGUAUAAAGUUAAGCUAUUGUAUUUUUUCAUAACACAUUUAAAUAGAAAUUGGCUUUUAAAGUAUUGUAGUUAAAACCAGGUCCCACCAAGUAAUAGUUGUACAAUUGACAAAUGUUCAGUGCCAUGUAAUGGAGAUGUCACACUACACAGUUGUAGUUUAAAUGCAGUCCAACAUAAGGUGCAUGCCACUGACUGUAAUCCUAGUAAUGUGUCUUGUACAGUUGAAAAAUGAUAAUACUUCACCUUUAUAUAGGUUAUGACAUAUACCUUAUCUUUACCACUCAGGGUGGCUUUAAAAGACGGACAGCUUUAGGUUUGUUCUCACUGGAAUUGGUUACACUUUCUGUGCAAACUUCUGAAUCAAGUGAUGACCGUCUGGAAGCUGCAUUCCCUCAUUUCCACUGUUUGGUGUGAAUCUGUUCUCCCCACUUUAUCCAAAAAGGAUGCUAGCAGGACCCCAGCCUGAGCAGAGCAGCUAGAGAGCUUCCAGAUUCCUUUGCCAAAGGAGGCCCAUUUUCCAGCUGUGAGUGACAUCUGUAGUCAUUGGCUUCAUUGCCUGGCAUCAGCCCUGUCUAAAAGUGGCGAAAGCCGGAUCACAGCUGGACAACAACCAGCCCCAGGACAGGAUUUCCCAUACCACAUUGGCUGUGGGCUCUGCGAGCCUCAGCCAGGUAGCCAGGCUAUACUUGUCACAGCUGGCCACAGGCCUGCUGAAGGAACAUGGGGUACAGAGCCAGAGCCUGGUUCUGGCUCUCCACUUGAACAGCUGACCUUGUGCAAUCACAGGAACUCUGUGUCUCCAUGUUUCAUUCAGAUAGAGAAAAUGCCUCAUUUACCUCUUUGAGGCUGCAGUAAUUAAGUAAGAGACUGGUGCAUGUAAGUUAAUAGUAGUAGAACACUUCCCACAUCUGAUUUUAUAACAGUUUCCCAUCACUCCUUAAGAAAGGAAAAGGCCAUGAAUUCUUGGCAUUAGCACACUAAACAGUGGUAGGGGCCCUGAGAAAGGAAUGCAGCUUCUCGGAGACCUCACUUCCAGCCAGGGAAACUUAAGACCUGAAAGGAAUAAGGCACUUUGUGUAUUCAAACAGCCUUCUGGAUUUAUCGUAUAUAACCUGAAACUCUCUACUCUUGUAAACCAACUAACGAAGUCUUCCUUAUGUAACAUAGAUUGCGGUGUCUGUAUAUGGUCUUCCAUUAUCUGGUGGUUGCAUCUUGAAACUGGUAAAAACUUGAAUGCCAAUAGCUCAGUCACUCAGAAUAUACAUGAUUCUGCACUUGGGAAAAAUGUCUUCAUGCUGUUUUUCUGAUCGGGUAUGGGGUUGUCAGAAUGAGGAUUUGGCGCUUUAGGUCUUUAGGAUCUCAGAAACAAUAUAAGUGGAUUAUAAGCCACUAGUGUCACAAUUGCAGGCUCAUGGCUUCGAGCUAAAAGGAGAUUCCAUGACCAUGGGGACCAGGAGAGGAGGAAAGGGAAAGGUCUGGAACGGUUUUGUGAAAGAAACAAAAAAUUGGGAUCAUUUGGAAUUCUAGAAGGAAGAAGGAGAAAAUGGCUCUUCUUUGGGCUGUUUUAAUGACAGAAUCAUGAAUAUGUAUUGAUUAGGUAGAUGUCUUUGAGCUAUUCUGUAUAAAGAUAAUGAGAUGCAUGGAUUUCCAUCCACCCUGGAGAAGUGGGAGAGACGUGCUUCCUCCCUUCUUUAAAUCCUGAGGAAUGCUGGUCUUGAGAACACUGAAUACAAAUCUGGGAAAGAUGUAAGCAGCUAGCUGAGGGGUUUGAGAACCACCCAAAUAAAAGUUGACCUCCCCAGAGGCUAAUGAACCAAAAUACUAUGUGCAGGCAUAGCCUGGAGCCACAGCUUUAGCAGGUCAGUUUAAGGAGUCAGAUCGGAGAGUAAAUCCAACAUUAGUCUAGGCACUACAGCUUAAUAUUUUCCUCUGCAACUGGAAUUAAGCCUGUUUGCCAUUAGUCUGAGUGGAGGUCUUGGGAAGGGCGCUGAUAAUAGUCAUAUUUGUCACUGUCCCUAAAGUGAAUGUUCGUAGAUCUGGGACUAUUUUUGACUCUACCUCUGAGACUCAAGAUCAGUACAGAUUGUUACUUUAAAAUGUUACCUGCAAGACCAUCCUUCUCAGGGAUAUGCUGUUUUAAUCCUUUCUUAAAUCUAAAUCAUGCCUCCAUUCCAAGUCUAUGGCUAGACUCUGCAGCCCUCCCUCCUAAAACCAGAGGGCUGAAUGUGAAAACUUUCUUCUGUUGAGCCUUUCCAUUUCCUUCUCCAGGUACGGUUCUUGUGCCAGUAUGCACUAUCCCAAGCCCUGCGCUGGCAUUCCAACCUGGUUUGGUAAUUUCGCUGUGAGGUUUAUGUUCUCUGGAGCUCCAGGGCAACACUAAGAAAGUCGCUUAUGAGGCCCUUUUGAGGCCAUGGAAAUAGCAUUUUGGAGGCCAGUCUAGUCCCCUAUUUUAUAAAUAGGGAAUCUUAGUUCCAGAGGCCAUGGUCCCUUGCCAGUCAACAGCGAGGCUGGACUUCAGUGACCUGAUUCCUCAUCCAGUUUGGCAUCCUGCUGGAGGUAGCUCCAUCCCUCCCUAGAAUCUAGCACAUGCUGUCAUCCUGGGCCUACCCCCUGCCUCUUCCGCUUAUGAUGAGCCUCUGUUCUGGAUCAACACGGUGUUGAUGCGCCAGCCAUCAAGGGUUUAGCACUUGGAUGGCUUCUAGGUGAGAGCUGCAAAGGCAUGUAUAUUUCCAUGAUGCAAGCUGGCUCAUGGCCUGCGCCGUCUUUAGAACAGCCAAGAUCAUUUAACUCUACCCCACACUUUCAGUGGUGGGAUGUGAGGAAGAAAGCCCAUGCCAAGCUAACUGAAAGCUUAUUUGGCUCCAGUUCGGCUGAUGUUCCCUCACUGCGGAAUGUCCUGGAUCCCAGGGGUUUGCAGCUCCUAAACCUAUUGCAUUAGGCACACCCGAGAAGAAACUCUGUUUGAUGCACAUGCUCCAGUUUCAAUCAGCAACAAGGUCCAAAGUUUCCUCCCACUUUCUGUUCCACAGUGUGUCCCCCUUGCAACCAGACAUUAGGCACAGAUUCAUCCCUGUUGUAACCCAAAUGUCAGCUGAGGACUCCCUGCCUCUUGAGAUCCAGAAAGGUCUGAUAACUGGGCUCUGAUCCUGAACCUCUAGAUUUCUGUGAUUUCUAAGAGACAUAUUUUUGCAGCCACUGCUGACUCCACACUUCUGCUACCUCAUUUUAAACAAUGCAUCAGCUGAGACAUGAAGCUCAGUUCCCUUUCCCAUUUCCACAUAGCAAAAUUCAAGUGAGUGAGUGUAUGUGCCUGUGUGUGUCUCAGUGAUGUGGGAAGGAAUGGCAGAUGCUACAACAGUGCAGACUCCGCACCCCAUUCGUAGAAUGUUCUUUUUAUAUUAAUAUGGAAGAAUUCCCACUCACCUUCCACUCCACAUGGUCCCCAUCUCCUGUCCUUGGGAUAAACCAGAUCCAUUUGUAUUCUCACGUACAGCAGGAUGGAUAGCCAUUCCUUUUCUUAAUUUGAUUUCUGCCAACACCCUUACCAUCACAACUUCACCUUUUACCAUGGGUGGCUUUUUAAAAGCGUUUUCCUGAACAAAGACAGUUCCCUCCUCAAAGGGAAUUUGAGUGCCAUCUCUUAAGGUGAUGCAUCUUUUAUUCCCACGACACAAGCCAGGCAUCACAACAACCACAUUCACCACUCAUCAGGGGCACGCCUUUCAGAAGGCAGCAUGGACUAAUGUGAAUGGUACUAGUUUGAGUCAAUCCAGUUCAAAUCCAGGUAACUUAAAGCUUGUGUGACCCAGGGGCACUUUACUUCAACUUGUUAAACCUUAAUUUUGUCACCUACAAAUGUGAUAAAUAAACACACACUGGAAUGUGUAGCACUUAACCGCAUGCCUGGCUUUCCAUAGGUUCCUUUCCUUUUGCUUCCCCCACUGUGAGCAACACAAGCAUCGCCUUCUUGAGAUCGUGGCUCAGUGCCAAGGGAUAAAAGCUGGCAGACAGCAGCUUUACAGCUGGGAAAAAGAGCUGUUGGGGAUGGGGCUGGCGGCAGCUCAAGCAUGCUGUGGUUCAGGCAUAAUGACUGGAAGGUCCCAUCCAUCUUUAAGAUUCUAUGAUGCUAUGUGCAAGGUAGAGCGAACAUAUUUGGCUAAGAAAAAUCCUGGAGGAAAGACUGCCUCAGACAACGGGGAGGCUGGAAAGCCGACCUGGAAAGCAGCCUGACCUUGGUUGAUUUAGCACCUGGGUUUUUUGGCUCUUCCUGUAUUAGGUUUGCUGGCUUCGCAUCAAAUGGAAGGAGGAGGUGCCAGGGAAGUGAAUUAAACCUGUCAAAUGGAGGGUGAGGGGACUGCAGAAGGCUGGGGGUUGGGGGGCUGUGUGGGAAACUCUGAUAGUCCGACAGCACCAUCUGGACUUGGCAGGGAUGACAGCCCUGAGAUCAGAUGAAACUAACUAAUAAAGCAGCUAAAAUUCUGCUGUCCUGGGCCUGUCUGGAGUGGGACUCCCAUAAUCUCCUGUUUAGAAGAACACUGAUCUCCUCUAAGGGGAAAGCUGGAGCCCUUAAUCAUUCUGCAGAGAUGAUAAAGGUCACUGUGGAGGAAGGCCUAGGCAGGUGCCUGGUUUGCUUAGUCUCCCCCUUGUCCCACGUUCCAGUGGUGUGCUGAAGUGGUUUGCACUGACCCAUGAGAGUGGAUUGUUAAAUUUUCAGGAAUUUUGUAAGCUGGUUGGUGAACACAGCUACAGUGACCACACAGUGACCAUUAGAGGUUAUAUUAACCUACAAUUAAGUAUAUUAAAAAAGGUAAUACAUACUCAAAACUCAUCACUUCCUAAUUAGUUUACUGUUACCUGUGUACUUGAGGAUACUGACAUCAUUGUAUUUGUAUGGUGUGCUACAAUAUAAUGGCGUACUAGUGCACAUCUUUUCCCAACCUGACCAUUCAGUGACAUCACAUCGGUAGCUGGAGAAUCAGACCUAUUAAGAGUAUUUACACUACAGAGAUUGGCAAACACUCUACAUCAAGACCCCCUCCCACAGAGCUGGUUGUUAAACAUGUGUCAGCACACCACUGCCACUGGGCGACAGAAGAAAUUGACACACAUAAGCAUUGAAACAUCUUAGUUCCAAGGAGGUAGCAUUUGUGUCGUAUUUCUCGGAAGCAAGUGUCCUAGUGUAAUGUGCACAACUGGCAUGAAGUUUAGCACCCAAAAGACUGCUUCUCUGCUUGUUUUAAUUUCUGUGGUUUUUAACCCUUGAGAAAUCUGCUUACUUUGCUACUCAACUUAUUGGAGUGAUUUGUAAAGUUCACUCUCACCUGUGGGCAGUAGUUCAGCUAAAUUCCCUCCAGAAAAGUGGACUGUAGAUUUUCCUGCCUAACUGGCAAAACCAAAAUGUGCUGAAAAGAAUACAUCUUAACUAGGCAGCACCAAAGUAGCUCAUUUCCAAGUGGUUUAUACGGCAAUAACAGUGUUAACUUCUCCAACAGAGAAGAAAUCAUUUAUAAAUGAUUGUUUUGCUGUUUUUGCUUUUUAUUAAAAUUAUUACUGUGGAACAGAAUGCUUUGUUUGCGUUUGUCCCAAAAAUUCUGUGCCUUUUGGUGGUUCUUGUAAAGUAAGAAUCACACGCUGAAUCUACAUUUUAUUAUUUUCAUAUCAUAAAAUGAGGAAAAGCCUUCAUAGAAGAAACUUCACCCUAUUCACUCACACACCAGCUGCAUUCUGAAAAACUAUAAUUUUCCUUUCAAACGCAGAGUGUCGUCUGAAUUGUAAUACUGCCAACUCUCAACUGUCAAGAUGAUGGAGGAAAAUACUAAUGCAGAUGGCAUGAGCUUGUCACAGGCCUGCUCAGCGUGCUCUCCUGGGCUGACAUUUGAAUUAAGAUUCAAAUAGCACGUGAGAGCCGAAAGCUGUUUAAAAUGGCUGUGUGGUGCAGUAAGGGGUCUCAGGGGAUUGAAAGAAUCUGUACUCACCAGAAGAACUCUGACAGGUCAGGCAGGGCCCUCAGGACUUGUGUUUGUCUGACAUUUCAAGAGGCUUCCUGGGAGAAGCAGUGAUAAGACCUUGGGGGGCUAACGGUCAACACAAGGCCCAAGACCCUUGAACUAAGGCUGUUCCCCAGCUUCUGAGUCCAAACUGGGGUCAGAGCAUCAGAGGGACAGUGCCUGAUUGCUGCAGCCAAUGAUGAUUUGGGGUAUGACAGUAGGUAUCAUUCACAUUGUCCUGGAACCCAAACACUGGGGGAUGUGACCUAUGUUUCUUUCUUCUUACAUGAAAAUCAUCAAACUACACAAAAGUUGACAGAAUAGUAAACUCCCAGAAAAGACGUUUCCAUUUGCCUUUACCACACAUAAUAAGAUUAGCAAUAAUCCCCUGAUACCAUCUAAUUCCCAGUCCAUAUUCAAAUUUCCCCCAUUGUCUCAGAGAGAACUGCAUUUAGCUCCAUGGUAGACCAGCAUAUUUGGUGGGACAGGAAGUACCUUGGAAAGGGUGCUGAUGGCUUCCCUACCCUCUUGAUGGCAGCUUUGACAGAAACCAUGCUGCAGGGGCAUGGGUGGAGAGAUGUUCAGGCUGGCUGCAGAUACAUUCCCAAGUUGUAGGAUCUUGGGAUUUCCUCUCCUCAAAGAAUAGGCCUGUGACACUUCCCCUUCUACUUCCCAGAGUCACAUGGUCUCCCUCUGGGACCCUCUCAGCUUCCUGCUGCUGGCAUCCUCCUGUCUAUCACGCUGGUACGUGCUGCUUUUCCUGCAGCUACUUCUUUCACUAAUGGCACUUCUUAAAUCUGGGGAGAGGCUUCUCUCAAAGAUUAUCGCUCUUCCACCAGCCUUAGGUCUACUGUACUCUCAAUGAAUCACAGCUCUUUAGAGGUCCCCAAGGGCCCAAGCAUCUUCUUUUAUUAGAAAAGCCUGGCUGAAAUUCUCAUGAGAUAGGUCAGGGAACCUUGGAGUAGCAGCACUUGUGUCACAUCUAAAGGCACUCCUCUGACUAAAGAGAAGUGGCAGCUGAGGACACUGCCUGACCCAGGAUUUUCUUUUGCUCUAAAAGACAUUAUUAAGAUAUUUGGUCUGUACUGUAUUGGCUGAUAGUAUCAUAUCAAUGUCAAUUUCCUGAUUUUGGUGAUUGCUCUAAUAAUACAUAAGAAUGUGUCCUUGUUUUUAGAAAAUACACAUUAAAUAUUGAGGGAUAG